UCUGGUGAUGGGAGGAGGUUUUUCCAUUUUUGGCUUCAAAGGCAAUAUGUAUUUACCAAAAAGGAGAGAGAAGAGGACGACUUUUUGAGACCCUUGAAAGCGUAUAUUUAUAUAGUGAGAGCAGAGAGUUGGCGCAAAGUUUUAAGCCUGGAAACAAGCGUAAUAAAAGUAAAUUUGGGGAGGCAAAAAAAUGGCGGCGACGGUGAAGCUGGCGCGCCGAAAUUAAGAGAGCAAAAAGGCAGAGCCAAUAUUUAUGGUAAUCCGCGACGUUAAUUAAAAUUUCUCUGCCGCGCCGCAAAAGAGCAGCUCAUUUGUUUUAAUUCCUAGCAAGGCGCAUAGAGAGGAUAAAUACGUGCGACACCGCUGCUUUUAUAAAUUGCCGGGGCAAUUUUUAUGGUCACACAUAAAGAGAGGGGACUCUCGCUAUGGUUCGCGGCUCCAGCAGUGCUGCAAAGAAGAAAGAAAGAAAACCGCGGCGGAUUUUUCAGCCCUAUUCGCAGGCAUGCGCUCUCAAAAGACAAAAGCUCGAACUUAUUGCACGUUUGUGAUUUCGCGAGGGACAAAUUAAUUCUGACCGGCUUUUCGGUUCGCGGAGUUUCCCCGAAACACGCAGUGCUGCAGAAAAAAUCAGGCCUAAUAUGGAAGCGGCGGCGCCGUGCUGCAGCCGAGAGUAAAACUCGCGACGAUCAACAUCUGGUGCGGGGGCGCGUGCGCCGGGGGCGGCGAAGCGGCGGCGGCGGCGGCCGGGGGCCAGAGCGGGCCAGGCCUCCGCCUCGGAUGGCAGCAGGAUGAACGCGAGCGCGUGCGAGGCGCUGCGAGAGGCCGUGGUGUGGCAGGGGGUGGCCGUGUUGGCGCCGCUCGUCGUGCUCGCCGUCGUCGACGUGAUGGUCGUGCUGGGCAACUGCCUCGUCAUUGCCGCCGUCUUCAUCAGCUCCAAGCUGCGCACCGUCACCAACCUCUUCAUCGUGUCGCUGGCCGUCGCCGACCUGCUCGUCGGACUCGCCGUCUUGCCCUUCAGCUCGGCCCUCGAGGUCUUCAAGGUGUGGCUGUUUGGAGACACGUGGUGUUCCAUCUGGUUGGCGGUGGACGUGUGGAUGUGCACGGCGUCCAUUCUGAACUUGUGUGCAAUCUCGCUGGAUCGGUACCUUGCUGUGACGCGACCCGUUUCCUACCCGACCCUGAUGAGUCCUGGCAGAGCCAAGUUGCUCAUCGCCGGGGUGUGGGUGCUUUCAUUCGUCAUCUGUUUCCCGCCGUUGGUCGGCUGGAAGGACCAGAAGGCCGACUCGUUCUUCGGCAACGCGGCUGCCGUCAACGAAACGCUGCACAAUGAUGACACGGUUCGCUGUACGUGGGUGUGCGAGCUGACAAAUCAUCCUGGCUAUGUGGUCUACUCGGCGCUCGGCUCUUUCUACUUGCCAAUGCUGGUCAUGCUCUUUUUCUACUGGCGCAUCUACAGAGCGGCCGUCCAGACUACACGAGCCAUUAAUCAGGGCUUCCGCACGACGAAAACGCACCGGUUCGACGAGCAGCGGCUGACGCUGCGCAUUCACCGGGGCCGCUCGUCACUCCAUUCCAAGACAGGUGGUGGUGGCGGAGGCGGCGGCGGUUCGCCGGCGUCUCGACGCCUCGAGCGCUGCAACACGCAAGACAAGAUCCAGAUCAGCGUGAGCGUGCCGCCCCCGGAGGCGCCCACGUCGUACGCGGUGCACUACACGACGACCAACGGCGAGGGCACCGCCGGUCUCCUGGGGGUCGGCAACCCGCCCAACAGCGGCCCGCAGCUGUCGCCGUCGUCGUGCGAUUCCGAGGACAACAGCCAACGGCCCAGGUUUGUCUCCAAAAUGGGCAAACGCAACAUAAAAGCUCAGGUGAAGCGUUUUCGGAUGGAAACAAAGGCGGCCAAGACGUUGGGCAUCAUCGUGGGCGGCUUCAUUAUGUGUUGGCUGCCGUUUUUCACAAUGUACGUGGUGCGCGCGUUCUGCGACGAGUGCAUCCACCCGCUGGUUUUUUCGAUCCUCUUCUGGCUCGGCUACUGCAACUCGGCCAUCAACCCGUGCAUCUACGCGCUCUUCAGCAAGGACUUUCGGUUCGCCUUCAAACGCAUCAUCUGCCGCUUCCUGUGCAACAAGAAGCCCGUCAGGCAGUUCACGCGCAACCCCAACAACCGACGCAAACUGGGCACGCGACGCAAGAUGACGGCGACCGGCGUGCCCCCGGGGCUGCCGCACGACGAGAGCGACGCCAACGGCUCCGACUCGCGGUGACGUCGAAGCUCCAACGACCCCGACGGCAGCGGCUCGUCGCACAACAAUUAAUGAGAGGAAAGAAAAAUAAUUGGACUUUCCGCAAGUGAAAAUAAUUCAUACCUGCUGCAGGUGUUUAAAAAAAAAACAUGACAAACUUUGACUCACCUACCCCAACUAUUCCACUGAGAAAUUAUUAAAACCUAAUUUUCUUUAUUAAUUCGAACUUAAAAUUUUCAAAAUCUCAUAUUUUAGGGUUAAACAGCCAGAAUAAGACUCUAGGGUAAUUUUCAAGGUAAAAAUUUACGUUAUUUUAUAAAUCAUUUCUAGAAACUUUUAAAUUGAUUCAUUUAAAACUUAAAACUUUAAUUUUUAUGCCAAAACUUUGCCACUUCUGUAAAGUUUGUGACCAAGAAAUCUCAAGUCUGGAUUUUUAUUUUAAUAUAAAAUGGAAAAUCCAGUUAACUAAGCCCUCCGAUUCCAUGAAAUGUUGUGUUAAAGUAUUGAAAAACUUAUUCUUAUUUGCACAAAAAUGUCAAGCAAGUUGCGUUCUUUUUGAAAGGAUUAUAUAAUUUUUCAUUAAAGAAUGCUGAAAAUUCAUUUAAUAUAAUAUUUUUACAUUCUCAUAUUUAUAAAAAAGGUUCUGUUUAAAAUUUUAGCAAUGCCGUUUUUACAAUAUGCUUAUUUUAUCGAUUUUAUUAAUUUUAAAAUCAGCGAUUAAUUUAUUUGUGUAUAAGUACAUUAGUCAUUACAUUCCCUGAUACCUUUCAAUCAUCAUCAUUAAAUUUAUUCAGAAUUGAUUAGAAGUUCUAAAAAAUAUUAACAAUCUGAUUUUUUUUUUUUUACUAAAAAUCUAAUUUAAUUAUUUUUAACAUUUUUGUCGUCAAACAUUUUACUUCACAAUUUCUUUGCUUUUUAUUUAUUGUAUAUUUAUAAAAUGAGAAUAAUUAAUUUUGUGGAUUUUUCCACUCACAAUUUAAGGCUGAGAUUGGACGAAUCCUCAAAUAAGUGCAGCAGUUGCGACCAAAAGUUAACGACGCACGUUUUAACUCUUGUUUGCACUGCACUGAUCUCGUAUAUUUAUAAUAACGCAGCAAAUUAGUUAUUCAUUUAAAAAGCGCUUGCAGAGAGGGCGGAGGUUAUUAAUUUUAGUCUGCGUGCGCAAACGAAGCAAUUAGCCCAGAAAAAUUGGUUUUCUCGUCUCGGUGCGGCGCGCGGCAAAGAAAUUAUACUUCCUCCCUUCUCGGUUUGACUGCAAAAGCAGGGCUUGAAGAAGUGAUUAGCCAAAGAGACUCGCGCGUGUAUAAUAAAAAGUGCGCUUGGCACCUCCAAGCUGUUGCUUUUUCUCGCUGCAAAAACUUCUUCUCUUUCUCUUAUACAUGCGCGCGUGCGGGCCAAAUUAAUUAAAUAAAUCCCGGGGCUAAACAUUAAUCUGGAGCUGCCGCAGCUUGGCGUGUGUAUCCACCGCGGCCAGAAAUAUUUUAUUAAAGAAAAACCGAAGGAACGCAUUCUCUCUUGCUCUUUCCGCCGGCUGAUUUUCUGAUAAAUGAGCUGAAGAGUUUUUUUUUGGUCGCUUUUCUCCUCCCUUCUUUGGGUUCUUUCUCUGGCAAAUGCGACGAGCGCGCGCGCUUUUUAUUAAAAAAGUUUCCGCUUUCUUUGGUAAAUUGGUUUGUCCGCCGCUGCCUCUCACCACGUAAACAUUUUCAACGGCACACAGCAGCGUCAAAGGUAAAUAUUUACGAUUCAACUUACUUGAGACUUAAUUUUCUUUUAUCCAACUCGUUUGACAUUCCAAUUCAAAAUGUUAAUUAAUCGCUCUAUAAAUAAUAUAUUUUUGUACUCCCUUUUUUAAGAAGGAAUAUAACAUUUUUUUAUUGAUUUUUAUAUUAAAUUUUAAUGCAAUUGUCAAACUAAUAAAAAGCUCUAUUUUCGUUACCAGAUUUCUUUUAAAUCGAUUAUUAAAAAUCGGGAUGUUUUAAUUUCAAAUUCAAAUAAAAUAUAAAAUUUAUUCAA